AUGCUAUUGCUCUUUUCGAUUCUCUGGGUUACGGCCUACUUGUUCAUGUUGGCUGUAGCCAACAGCUCUGAGCAAAACAUCGCUCGGGGAUUGAACGACAUCAUGCAAGAAUUGGAUCCACUCACACAUUUUCAAAGUACACCCAAGAACAUCAUGUUUGGUGCCAAUAUGGGAGGUUCCUCACACCAUAGCUGGGUGAUGCGAGUAUUAGACGAACUUGAUAGGCGAGGACACAAGAUCACCUAUGCUACCACUAAAAACAACCUCCGUUUCAGUCGACAGCGGCCCUAUAUCAAAGGAAUCUCCAUUGGAGAUACUUCUGUAGCAGUAAAUCACUCAAUGUAUCAUACCAUGACACCCAUGCCUUUUGACGCUAUUGCAGGUAUCGUUGAUUUGACGGCAAGCAAUUAUGCAUCAUACUACCAUGCGUUCCGGCAAGUAAUUGAAUCCCAAUCCAUCGAUGUUGUGCUUUGCGACCACAUUUCCUUUGCUUGUAUCCAUGCUGCCAAAGAGACCAAACGUCCGGUUAUCAUUACGAUGAUGAUCAAUGAGUCGCCAGAGGCCGAGUUAGCUUACAUCAACAAGAGCCCAUUCACCAUGAUGGAAAGUAACACGGAGCACUUGUCGUAUAGCUACCGAUUCUAUGAACGCUUCAUAUGGCCCAUCCAAUUAUUGUGGCAUGCUGGACCCAACAUGGCUCGGUAUCUUUACAUGUUGCAUUCGCUUGGACUUGGUCUCAACCCCAAAGAUGGAUGGCAAGAUGCAGUCAAAUUGGUGAAUAAUUUGUACGGCUUUGAUGACCCAAGACCUAUGGGACCAUUAGUGGAGCUUGUAGGACCUAUCUACAACGAUCAUUUUGAUCCAUUAACACCUGAAUUGGCCUCUUUCCUUGACACACAUAAGAGCGUGGUGUAUGUUGCUUUUGGUCAGCAUACACAAUCCAAGGAUCAUCAAGAAUCAACACGUGUAUUACAAAUGCUACUCAACAAUUACGAGGCAGGCGUAUUGGAUGGCUUUAUUUGGUCAGCAACCAAGGGCACUCCUCUACCGGAUCAUGUGACAAGUGCAUCAGGCACCCACUAUCUACUCAACAGCACAAAGUUUACGGAUGUUGGCAAGGUUGUAUCAUGGGCACCCCAAAUGGCUAUUUUACGACAUCCUUCAGUGAUCAGCUUUGUAAGCCACGCAGGCAUCAUGUCGCUGUUUGAAGCAAUGUACCAAGGCAAACGAAUCCUCGCUUAUCCUUUUAUGACGGAUCAAUUUGCAAAUGCCAAAUUGAUUGAGCGCACAGGUGCUGGAUUAUGGCUCACGCAUACUGAUGACAGGCUUGAUGCCCAUCGUAUGACCGAGAAAUUGCGUCGUGUCGUGGAAGAUAAAGAGGGUCAUAUGCAAAAAGUCGUCGACAAGUAUCAAGCAUUGGUUCAGAUCCAUGGCCGAAAUAGUGUUGAUCGUGCUGCCAAUAUUGUCGAAGAGGUGGUGUAUACAGCUGAUAGUGAAGGCCAUUUGCCACAUCGUCGUGAUAUUGCACGUAACCUAUCCUUCUUCAAGCGUAACAACUAUGACUUGUACCUCGGCUUGUUUGCUCUCAUCACUACCACAUUCAUCUUUACCCGUUACCUAGUCCAAUUGUUUAUUCAACAGCAAAGAAGCACAAGCGAUAUCAAAGUAAAGAAGCAGUAA